CGAAGCCUGCUCCCCCUGCCGCUCCUCCCGCAAAGAAAAAAAGGCAGACGGUGCAACCCAGAGAACACUCCUCCACUCCUCCUCUCCUUCCCUCCUUCCCUCUGCAGAGCCGGUGGAGCUUUUCUCCCUCUUUUAAACCACGCUCACCCGGGCUCCCGGUCCCUCAUCGGAGCGCGUUCAUGUCAUGUCAUGUCACGGUGCAGCGCACGGUCGAAGUGGUCGCCUCUAACGCCACCGGGAACCCCAAUGCCCGGCACUCUUUCUGCAGCGGUUUGAGUUUGGCUACGUGAAAUAUGCGAUGUUUGCGCAAGCGCCCGGUUCUCUUUCUGCUGCACUUUGUUUUCACGUUGGCAGCGGACCACGGAGAGCUCUCCGACUCCGGCGGAGUCUUCCCCCUCUUUGCAGAACAAGGUCAGCUGUCCCAGUCAGAUGUGUCCACUGUCCACCCGGUGAAGACCACCGGUGAUGGGGAGUUCAUCUCUCACUCCCUGGCUCACCACUUUGAGGGUGGGCGAGCCAGGCGUGACCUCCGACCCCUCAGUUUGGGGGGACGAGUCUACUACAAGGUCGACCUCGGGGGUCGCUCUUUGAUGUUCAACCUGACCGCCAAUGAUCGGCUGCUUUCGAGCGACUACGUCCUGGAGAAGAGGAACGGCACCACCGGCAGUACCGAGCAUCGCCGCCCUGGGGGAAGCUCCUGCCACCUCCUCGGCACGGUGGAGGCUACUGACGUGCAAGGAACUGCUGCCAUCAGCACCUGCGAGGGCCUGAGAGGCUUCUUCUCGCUGCCGGAGGGACACUACUUUAUCGAACCUGUCCAGAAGUCCCCCGAUGAUCCUGCGGGGACUCCAGAACCCCAUAUCGUCUAUCCAAGAGUUCUAACAGGACGUCAGAGAAACAAACGCAGCGUUGAGUCCAAAGAGACGCCAAGCCCCUGCGGAGUUCAAGAUGCUCCAAUCGACUCUGUCCAGGUGGAGAGGGAGAGGGAAGAGUGGGAGAGGGAGCAGAUGGGGGAGGACCGGGCUCAGCCUCGCUGGCCGCGCUCGGUCAGCAGAGAACGCUGGGUGGAGACCAUGGUGGUGGUCGACGCCAAGCUCAUAGAAUACCACGGCAGCGAUAACGUGGAGUCCUACAUCUUCACCAUCAUGAACAUGGUGGCUGGGAUCUUUCAUGAUGCCAGUAUCGGGAACGCCGUCCACGUCAUCUUGGUUCGCCUCAUUCUACUCCAGGGAGAAGAGAAAGGGUUAAAGAUCGUUCACCAUGCGGACACCACGUUGUCCAGUUUCUGCGCUUGGCAGAAGAACCUCAAUCCACAGAGUGACACGCACCCAGCUCACCAUGACGUUGCUGUGUUGGUCACGAGGAAAGACAUCUGUGCUGGGAUGAACCAGCCCUGUGAGACCCUGGGUCUGUCCCAUCUGUCUGGGAUGUGUCAACCGCACCGCAGCUGCAACAUCAACGAGGACUCGGGACUGCCGGUCGCCUUCACCGUCGCUCAUGAACUGGGCCACAGCUUUGGAAUCCAUCACGACGGUCAGGGGAAUGACUGCGAGCUGGAGGGGAGGCACCCGUUCAUCAUGUCCAGACAGCUGAUGUACGACAGCUCGCCGCUCACCUGGUCCUCCUGCUCCAAAGAAUACAUCACGCGCUUCCUCGACCGCGGCUGGGGUUUCUGUCUGGAUGACCGUCCCUCCAAGAGAGACCUAACCACCCCGCUGGCUCGCCUCGGCAUCCGCUACACCACGCAGCACCAGUGCCAGCUCCAGUACGGCCCCAAUGCCACCUUCUGCCACGAGGUUGACAACAUGUGCCAGAUUCUUUGGUGUUCGGUGAACGGCUCCUGUCGCUCUAAACUGGACUCGCCCAUAGACGGCACCCGCUGUGGACCGGAGAAGUGGUGUAUCUCGGGAGAGUGCGUGAUUGUGGGUAAACUCCCAGAGACGGUCAAUGGAGGCUGGGGCUCGUGGAGCACCUGGUCUCACUGCUCCAGGACCUGUGGAACCGGGGUUCAGUCAGCAGAGCGGGAAUGUAACAACCCCAAACCGGAGUUCGGGGGUAAGUACUGCACGGGGGAGAGGAAGCGUUACCGGACCUGCAACACCAAACCCUGCCAGAGAACUACGCCGACCUUCCGAGAGAUGCUGUGCAGCGAGUUUGACACCGUGCCCUACCACAAUGAGCUCUACCAGUGGAUUCCUGUGGCUAACCCAUUGAACCCCUGCGAGCUGCACUGUCGACCAGUCGUGGAGUUCUUUUCGGAGAGGAUGCUCGACGCUGUGACGGACGGGACGCCGUGCUUCAUGAACAACGUGUCCAGAAACAUCUGCGUCAACGGAGUGUGCAAGGCGGUGGGCUGCGACUACGGCAUCGACUCAAACGCCGAGGAGGACCGGUGUGGAGUCUGCCUGGGCGACGGCACAAGCUGCGAGACGGUUUAUAAGUCGUUCGACAGCGGAGAGGGCUUCGGGUACGUGGACAUGGGUGUGAUACCCAAGGGGGCGCGGGACAUCCUGGUGAAGGAAGUGGAGGAGGUGGGUAACUUCCUGGCUCUGAGAAAUGUGACAUCGGAGGAGUACUUCCUCAACGGCAACUUUAUCAUCCAGUGGAACGGGGAGUACGAGGCCGGCGGCACGACGUUCUACUACGAGCGCAGCGGGAACAUGGAGAACCUCACUGCUCCUGGACCCACCAAAUGGCCGGUCAUGCUGCAGUUGCUGUUUCAGGAGAAGAACCCGGGUAUUAAGUACGAGUACACCAUCAAGAAGACCAAGGAGACAGGAAAUGACGUCAUCGAACCCCUUUACAGAUGGAGGCACGGGGCGUGGACGGACUGCAGCACCACCUGCGGCUUAGGUGGACAGCACCAGCCUGUGCGGUGUUUUGAGGUGGACGUGGGGGUAGUGGACGAGUCUCUGUGUGACCCGGCCGGGCGUCCAGAAGACCGACACCGAAAGUGCAAGAAUAUGGAUUGUCCUGCAAGGUGGUGGGUUGGCGGCUGGCAGCAGUGUACAGUCACCUGUGGAUCAGAUGGGGUUCGUAAACGAACGGUGCUCUGUGUCCGUACGGUCUCGGGGGAGGAAAGGGUGCUUCACCCGAUCGAGUGCAAGCAUCUCCUCAAACCUAAACCUGUGGUGCCGUGCAACAGGGAUGUACCCUGUGGAAAAGACUGGGCUGUCGGCAACUGGGAGGAGUGCCCCGUCACAUGUGGCGGAAGUGUUCGCUCACGCACGGUCACGUGUGCGCUGACGCACAAGAAGACCUGCGACGUCUCGUCCAAGCCUCGGUCCAGAUCGCUGUGCGCCCUGCAGAGCUGCAACUCAAGUCUUCGUAGACGACCCGGGCCUGCUCCUAAAUACCGGCGCAUCUACCCACCGAAGAGCCACCCCACCAAGGAUCCCGAAGCUACCUGGGCUCCCACCCCAAGCGCCGUGGCAACAGCUGCUCCCACAGCGGCACCCACCGCUGCUAUCAAUGUGAGGAAGAAAACCACCACCAAAGAAACUACAACCGCUUUCACCCCGACCGCCGUGUCCCUUUCAACACCUACAAUCCCUGAAAUCGUAGACACGGACGACCAUAACCUCAAUGUUGUGAGGAUAAAUGGGGAUGAGAGAGUUUUCCCAUCUAAAGUCAACUCUGCUGGAAAGGACAGAAAAGCAACUGACUUGGAAAAGGUAGAAGAGAGGGAGGAAGGAGAGGAGGGAAGUACGCCAAAUGUAGAGCUGUAUACUCCCGGGUACGACUACGUUGUUGAGGAGAGGACAACAGAGGAGGAGGGGAUUAUUGACCUAGAUAUUACCACAUCUACCUCCCUCAGAAAUCCUCUUAAAUCAACCACGCCGACACUACAAAUAGUCAUCACGGCCACUUUGCAAACAAGUCCACAUACCAUGCAAACAACCAAAGCGCCCACCACCGCCUACCCCAACCCAAACACCAGUACUAAAACAUGGGCAAGGUCCACUCACCGCUAUCCCUCCUCCAACCCCCACACCACACCUUGUAUCAAUGCAUACAGACCCCGGACACACAGGGUUCCCUUCACCACUCCCAUGUACCACUCAGUCCCGUCGACAGCUGGCAUCCGCACGACACAAGCUCCUCCUUCCACAACUGCGUGGAAACCGUUCACCACUGUGGCGUCACUCCAGUCCACGGUGACGAUCGUUAAACUGAAGAAGCCCACGGUGACACCCAAGAAAACUAUCCCUGCCAAAAAGCCCUCUUCCUGGUCCAAAGGCAGUCGCUCCAAAGGUCAAAACCAGCGACCGGAAAGUCCCAUGAGCAGCUCCGUCAGUGACCAAAGCAACCUGAGGGCCAGAGAGCCAGUCAGCAUGGAUGUAUUCUGGGUUGUAGGAAAUUGGAGUGAGUGUUCGACAACAUGCGGGAUUGGAGCGAUAUGGAGGACAGUAGUGUGCAGCUCCCAGAAGGACGAGGAUUGUGCCAGCAUGAAGAGACCUGAGCCUGCACGCACAUGUCACCUGCAGCCCUGUGCCACGUGGCACAGUGGCAGCUGGAGCAAGUGUCCGGAUUCCUGUGUGGUGGUGGGCAGGAGGUACCGUGAAGUCCAGUGUGUCGAUUCCCAGAGUAAACGUCCCCUCAGACCUUUCCACUGCCAGGCCGUGUCCAGCAGACCCCUUAGCACCUUGACUUGCCCCCACAAGCCCUGUAUGACCUGGAGUACAUCACCCUGGGGACCAUGCUCUGGCAGCUGUGGCGAAGGCGUCAGGGAGCGGCUGGUGUACUGCCCCGAGCCCCAUCGCUGCAGCGCCACACUGAGGCCCAACAGCACGGAGACAUGCAGUCUCAAGCCCUGCACUCACUGGACAGCUGAGGACUGGGAGGAGUGCUCUGUGAGUUGUGGUGGGGGUCAGCAGCAGCGGGAAGUCAACUGUGUGAGUGAGCAGGAUUUGCCCCUGAUGCCAAACAGCCUCUGUGAGAAGAUUUCCAAACCAGAAACACUCAGGAAGUGCAAUAUGCAGGAAUGCAAGAUCAACACAGGUCCAGUUUGCAGGAAGAACAUGAUAUCAUCCCGCUUCUGUGAAAAGCUGAAGCUGCUGGGUCGCUGCUCUCUCAGGUCGGUCCAAAGACAGUGUUGUGUCACCUGUGAGUCAUAGCCAGGGUUGCACAACCACAUAUAUUACAAUAUGGACACAUCCCAACCACUGUAAUACUUACUGUAUCCUCUUGCUGAUGUAAAGCUAUGCCCUACACAGACUGAAACGUCAAAAACCAAAGUGCUACAUGCAGCAGCAAAGCACAAACACUAA